ACAGCUGAAUUGACAUAUGGAAUAGAAAGACAUGUUGCGCCUGUAAAAACCGAACGAAAUCGACUGGGAUUCAAUUAAAAGGCGAGCCGAAGCCCUCCGUAGAAACUCAGACAGGAUGGGCGAACCGAAAGCCAGCGCGGAGCCUGGGGAGGAGCAGCCCUUCAACUGCGAGGACGAGGCGAACGCCAUCAUCAACGAUGUGAAGGCCCACGUCGCGGAGAUCUGCAUCUCCUCCAAACUGGCCAGCGAUGCCACGCAGAUCUACCUCAACAUCCGGACCAUCGAGAGUGCCACCUGCUGCGUGCAGGUGACCAGUCGUGGCUUCAAGAUCGUCUCCUCCCAGUACGACACCAUCGACGAGGAUGCGCGGAUCUCCGCCCUGCUGCGCAACGGACAGGACCAGGACAACGAUGUGGAGGAGCAGGAGGAGAUCUUUGAGACGCCCUACGCACUGCUGGACAAGAUCAGCCCACGCUACGUGGAGUCGUUCGGGAACCAGCUGUGCCAGCAACUCAGGCAGCUGCAGCAGAUGAGGACUCAGUUCUACGAGGAGGACGAAGAGGAGGAGGAGGAGGAAGAGGAGGAGUGAUACUCAAGCUCCAGCUCCCAACCGAGGCUGUUUACUCUUUAGACAGAAGAUUUUAAUGUUAGUUUAAUUGAAUGUUUACUCGUAAUGACAGAGCGACAGCUCCGAUUUCCUACAUAUUUAUGUGUGUCUGUGCCGCAAAAGUAUUCCCGCGUGAGUUGGUCAUGCAGUCCUCCGUUCACGACACCCUCUCCUUGCUUAGCAAACGAAUACCGCUCCAGAUCCAGCUCCCGAUCCAAAUCCGUUUUAGACCUUAAGGCGUUUCAAGAAUAAAGAUUGUGAUUGCAACUCGA